AUGCUGGACCUCGCCGUCGGUACGCUGAUGCUGGCUGCGUUCUUCUAUGGCAUCUUUACGAUCUUGAUCAUUUUUUCUACUUAUACAGUGUUAUCCUCUGGAAAUUUCACAAAGGGAAACCUAGCUAAGGCGGCGGUCACGCUCACGAUGUACGCGGUCUCAACCGCUCACAUUGUCAUUACUGUGGUUACGUAUGACCGGGAUCCUGAAGAAUUCUCAGUGGCGGGUGUAUACAGUGGGACGGGGCUAAUAAACGGGCGGUUGAGCCUUGCUCUCAUACAAGCUGUCACGUACCUGCCCAUUAUGAAUUACAUACUCUCAGACGCCAUUGUAGUAUGGCGAGUCUGGCUCCUUUGCCACAGGAGACGCGCCGUUCUAUAUGUUCCUAUCGUAUGUUUUCUCGCAACCAUAGUGUCCGCAAUCGUGAUUGCAGCCUCUGACAUGAAGACAGUCGCCUCUCAACAUGGGCCCUCCAUUGACACCGAAGGUUUUAUAACUUCCCACAUUGGGGAUUUACUCAUUUGGUCGCUUAGCGCUGCCACGAAUGUAUGGGCCACGUCCAUUGUGUCGUUCAAAGCCUGGUGGCAUAGCAAGUCUCUCGCCAAGCUCUUCGACCAUUCAAGUAAGAAAACUAGAGCCGAGAAGUUGAUGGCUCUUCUCGUUGAGUCCGGUGUUCUCUAUUGCUUCAUAUGGGUGUCAUUCCUUUUCAUUGUGUCGUUCUCAGCGGCCGGAUUCUUGGUUAUGGACGGCAUCAUGCCUCAGAUUGCGGGAAUCUAUCCAACCAUUCUCAUCGUCCUCGUCAACUUCGGCAAGACUCAUUUCGAAACAGACUUAAUAUCCGACAACCCCAUCCUGAUAGGUGCUCGAAGAAACAUUGUCGACGGGCAGAAUUCUGGGCGCCACUCUAUAAUGGACCCGGAACCCGACCAAGUGAAGUUGCGAAAGUCUGUGUCGCUCAACGUUCCUUACGUUAACGGUGAACCGAAGCAAGAUCUGGGCGAAGAGGAAGCCCACGAUUCGGCAUAA